AUGCCUAGGCCGGUGUCGCCUCUGUCGGAGUCACUCCCGCCCCUGGUAUUCGGGACCGCCACCUUCAAUUAUCAGUACAAUGUCGAUCCAUAUGCCCUGGGACCGACACCCCUUGUCCAGAAAGCUCUUGCGCUAGGGGUACAUGCCUUCGAUACAUCUCCGUACUAUGGGCCCGCCGAAGAGAUCCUCGGGACCGCGCUUGACACCGACUUAGUUCGCAAGCAAUAUCCGCGAGAGAGCUAUUUCAUACUCACCAAAGUCGGCCGAAUAGCCUCAGAUGUCUUUGACUAUUCUCCGGAAUGGGUCCGGAAGAGUGUAGCGCGCAGCUGCAAACGCUUGAAAACUGAUUACCUUGACGUGGUGUACUGUCACGACUGCGAAUUCGUCUCACCACAGGAGGUGCUUGGCGCAAUUCGUGAACUUCGGCGCAUUCGAGAUCAAGAAGGCACGCUCAAGUACGUCGGUAUCUCGGGCUACCCGGUACAUGUCCUCUGUGAACUUGCUGAGAUGAUCCUCCGCGAGACUGGUGAGCCCCUCGACAUUGUCCAGUCAUAUGCGAACUUCACCCUUCAAAACACCAGACUAUUGAGUGAAGGCUUCCAAAGAUUGGUCAAUGCCGGCAUUGAUGUUGUCACAAACGCCAGUCCUCUUGCUAUGGGUUUGUUGAGGAGGAACGGUACUCCAUUGGGCGCCAUGGGCAAUUGGCAUCCUGCCCCGGAUGGCCUUCGUCAGGCCUGCAUUGACGCUGCAAAAUGGGCAGAUACUCAAGGUGAAAAGCUUGAGGUUGUGGCAGCACGAUAUGCUCUUGAAAAUUGGCUCCGCGAAGGUGCCAAAGUGGGAGCACUUGGAAACCCGCUGGGAAACAACGAGUCAACUUAUGGCCACGCUCUUAAUCUGCCUAGGGAGAAACUUGGGGUUUCUGUCAUGGGCGUCAGCAAGAUUGAGGAGCUCGACGAGACAAUGCGGGUGUGGAGAAGUGUGUUAGAUGGCUUGGCCGAUGAUCUCGAUGCUGAACCUGGCACGAUUACUCCUUCAGAUGCGGUCACUGACCAUGAGUGGUCUCUAUGGCGUCGGCAGAACAUCCGCGUGCUUGCAAAGGGCAUACGCCAGGUCAUUGGCCAGCAGUGGGUUGAUUAUGCCUGGCCUUCGCCGGAUCCUGGAUUUGUGGCUCGAUCGCCCUCGUCGGAAGCCAACAUGUCUCGGUCAAUCCUACCAGCGACAAACUCACCAGAAGUUGCGAUGCUUACACCACCUUCAGAGGCGGAGGAUGAUGGUCAAGCUACCGAUGUUCCUGAGAUGCGGUGUGAAGCAUGA